CAAACUAGGCCUACUCAGCCUUACCGGUUAGUAGUCCAAUUGAAGACAAACUUUUAGUUUUACGUUGCGAAAUUUCAUCAUGUCAAAAGAUGAACACCAAGACGGAAAGAAAAAGCGUUUGCUCAAAACCGACGCAACUUCGCCGGCGCAUUCUGAUGCGAAGAAGAUAAAGAGUGACCAACUAAACAAGGAAAGCCGUACACCACUCACAGAGGAAGAUGAAGCACUGCAGAGGGAUCCCCUUACAGAUUUGAAGUCCUUCCAUGCCUCUUGUGAAUUCCUCAAGUGUGCUAUCAAGGAUAUGAAAGAUAUGAAAAAGUCAUCAAAUGAUACUUCAGCAGAGAUCAGUGGCCUCCAAACUGAUGUGACCGUUCACUUCGUGCACAUGAAAAAGUUGAAUAGACUUGCCCAUUUUCGAUGUCGCAAAGUGAGAGAGACAACAAAUGAGGCCAAGCACAAAAUUGACCAGUGUCAUCUCCAGCUGCAAAAUCUACUCUAUGAAGCCAUGCAUCUCCAGAAAGAAAUAACUAAGUGCAUGGAAUUUAAGUCCAAAGAUGAAGAAAUAGAACUUGUUCCUGUCGAGAAAUUCUACAGUGAUGCUCCAGAGUCAGUCUCCAAUCCUACAGUGACAAAGAGUGACGUACAUCGACAGAUGUUGGCUCGUCUAGAAUGGGAACUGGAGCAACGGAAGCAGCUUGCUUCUAAACUGACAGAGACAAAAUCCAGUAAGGAGAAAAUUUCAGAAGAAAUUCAGUCGAAACAGGACUAUUUGGAUACUCUUCAGCCCAAGUUGUCUGCCAUUUUACAGGCUACACGUCCUGUUCAGGACUACUUGGAUAUGCCUUAUGACGAUAUCAGGGAGGAGCACCAGGUGGCUCAGCACCUGCCCAUGCCACUCUACAUACUCUACAUGCAGACCUCUGCCUACAAGGAGGCUUGUGACAAGUGCCUGAAAGUGUCAAUCCAAGGUGAUAUGGACGCGGCCAAGACCGUCAAGUCGAUGUCCUCUAUCCACUUGGAUCUAGACGAGGAAUCUGACAGUGAUACCGAGGAGCAAGAAAAGAGGGAUUCGAAACGUAGAAGAAAGACAGUGGAAGCGAGACAGGUGGAGAAAAAGAAUCGAGUCCUCCGCAAGCACCCUCUCAAUGUUGUCCUAGACAUCAGUGACCAGGAUGGCGCCGACCUUCAGCUGACCUUCAACUACUUCCUUGCCCUGAAUAUUGUGACAGUUAAUGUCAAGGUCACACCAGGUCCAAAGGUCACUUCAACCUCUGUGUCUGGCAGCGAACUGUUGUCCAGUGAUUUCAUCUUGGACGAGUUGUACCCAGGUGACCAUGGCAACGACUCCCCCAAUGUAGCAAACCAUUAUGAGCUGAAAAAACAUGGUCUUCAAGAAUUUUCUUCUUACCUGAGCCAAGUCGGACGACCAUACCUGUGGUGUCAAUGGAUGGGAGGACUACAGUUCCUGGAACCUGAGGUGGACGGUCAGGACAGUAAGAACACUGAGGAUUCCACAGCGUCACAUGACGCGGCCGGCAUGUCAAGGGUGGUGGCCGCUCGGGCCAAACAUGGCGUGAGUGCUACACACAUGCAGCGCACCAUCACACUCUUGAGGGAACGGAUGAAGGCGAGGAUAGCUCUGCUCCAUCAGUUGGCAUCUCUAGAGAGAGGAAUCAUCCCUGUGCCCGCUGAGGUGACCAGACUCUUUCCGGCCAAAGUCAACUCUCUGUUGUCGUCCUGGAAACGUUCGACAUUUGAAGACCUGCAGUUACUCCCUCACGCUCAACGUUUCAUUAAGGCGGGCGUGGUCAAGCCUAUGGACAUGGUGUUUGUAGCUGUGGUGGACAGAGCCUCAGCCAAGAUGACAGCCCAUGUGGUGCUGACUGCCGACUGCCCAGAGGUGGCGCCGGUGUUUAUCGUGGAGAUCAUGUGGCAGUCUCAGCGCACGGCCCUCAACGACGUGCACAUCAUUGAGCUGGAGGAAGAGGUGAACCUCCACUUUGGAGAACUCGUGCCGGGCAAGUGCCGAGACCACCUUCUGAGCAGCCAGUUACAGCGUCUGCUGAUGUGUCUGGACGUGUACCUUGAGACAGACACACCCGCCUCCUCCACCGUGCCCAUAGAGAUUCCCAAGGAGAAGAUGAUGCCUCGAACUUCCAGGGGGCGAGCUCGGUCCAAACCGUACAAGUUUGUACCAGAGAUGGGAAUCUUCACUCACAGGAACUGACGUAUGCCAUCGCUGUUUUCAUUGUCGGAGUCCUUGUUGCUGUGUGUGUAUGUGGAAGAAGGAAAGCCUUGCUCGUUGUUGAUAUGUAUCUUUGUACAUGUGUUCAGUAAAAAUGGGCGUUGUAUUUUGAAUGAUGAAUUAAAAUGUUUCAUUGCA